AUGUCUUCCUCGGAACCAGUAGCACCCGGAAGUGCGGCGCCGCACCAGCCGCCCUAUACCUACCAGCCAAACCAAGGCUAUGCUCCGACUGAGCCCAUCCCCACUGAGCUCGCCAAUGCUGCCCCGCGUGGUGUCGACGAGUACCUGUGGGAAGACAGCGAUGAUGAUGUGGCCUACAGCGACGAACUCGACGAUGAUUACCUGGAGGGUGGCGAAGGUAACUCGGGCGACAUCACCAAACAGGUCAACCGCCAGCGUCAGCUUCAAGGCGCCAACAAUGGAGCACCCACAGCUCUCCCCCGCUCCAACGCCCAGAAGCCAAAGGCCAACAACUCGAACCACCUUGACGACCUCGAUUCCGAACUGGCAAAGCACGCAAGGAAGCUCAAGACCGAUCUUAUAAUCGAUGACGACGACUUCUGGCACGGAGAUGACCGCACGGGCGAGGUCAAGGACAAGGACAAGGACAAGGCCGACCGCGCCACCAACGAGUUGGUGAUGGACCAGCGCACACGCAUGAUUCUGCUCAAGAUGAUCAGCCGCGGUAUUGUCAGCGAGGUGCACGGUGCCAUCAGCACAGGCAAGGAAGCCAACGUUUACGGUGCCGUGUUGGAUCCCCUGGAUGGAACCCGCCCCUUGCACCGCGCCAUCAAAAUUUACAAGACGGCCAUUCUCGUCUUCAAGGACAGAGAAAGGUACAUUACAGGCGAGCAUAGGUUCAAGAGAGGUGCCAAUAAGAAGAACAACCGGGAGAUGGUCAAACAAUGGGCCGAGAAGGAGUUCCGCAACUUGAAGCGUCUGCAUGCUGCCAGCAUUCCAUGCCCAGAACCUCUGGAGCUCAAGUCUCACGUCUUGGUGAUGGAGUUCCUGGGAAAUAAACGGGGUUAUGCCUACCCAAGACUGCGGGAUGCCACUCUUUCCGAUGAGGGCACCGAAAACCCGUGGAGGCCUGUGUACAUCCAGCUCUUGGGCAUCAUGCGCCGUCUUUUCAGGGUCUGCAACCUGGUACAUGCCGAUCUUAGCGAGUACAACAUCCUCUAUGACAAGAACAAGCUGUACAUUAUCGACGUCUCGCAGUCAGUCGAGCACGAGCACCCGCGUGCCCUUGAGUUCUUGCGCAUGGACAUCAAGAAUGUGGGCGAUUUUUUCCGCCGCAAAGGUGUCGACACCCUCCAGGACCGCGCCAUAUUUGACUUCAUCACGGCGAUCGAUGGUCCUGUCGAGGAGCCAGAGCUUUCCGAGGCCAUCGAGCGACUCUACGAGACCCGCCCUUCCAUCCAGGAUGCCGCGACCGAGGAAGUUGAUGUCGAAGUCUUCCGCAACCAGUUCAUCCCCCGAACCCUGGACGAGGUCUACGAUAUGGAACGGGAUGCCAAAAUGCCCGUUGAGCAGCUAGUCUACAACAGCAUGCUUGCCAAUACAGUUUCCGUGAAACCGGAGACCGCAGAAGAGGGCUCAGAAGAGGACUCAGAAGAUGGCACUACGGCGGACGGUGAUGACAGGUCAGAGAGCAGCGAGAUCGAUCAAAGCAUAUUUGACAAGGGCCCGCCAAGAGGAAAAAAGCAUGAGGACAAAGACGAGAAGAGGCAGCACAAGCAAACGGUCAAGGAGGAGAAGAGAGCCAAGAGGGCCGAGAAGAUACCCAAGGCGAAGAAGAAGAGGAUCAUUGCUACCACCACUAAGAAGAGGAAGUAG